GAGGCGUUGCGAGCGUCAACAAGAUGGCGGACGGCAUGAAUACCACGGUGGAGGCAAUUUUGCAAUCAAAUGCCCGGCAUAUCAACUGUUUAAGUGAAGAUAAUCGUUCAACUAGGAAACGUGCUAUCGAGGGAAUACGUAAAGAAACCCUAGGGCUAAAUCCAAAGCCCAGCAAAGAGAUUUUACAAGAGGUUUUUCAACAAAUUCUAAAACCCUUGUUGAAAUGCAUGUCCGAUCCUGUCGAAAAGAAUCGAGAACUUUCCUGUGCACUUGUCUCGGAUUUCCUUCAAAAUAUUCCUCAGCCCGUCGAUUCGUUACCCUACAUUGUUCCCCUUCUUGUUCAGAGACUUGGGCAACAAGAAAUCAUUGAAGCAUCUGAAGAAAUACGUUUAGAUCUUGUCCGGCUUUUGGGCUUGAUCAUUGGCUUUGCUGGGAAAAACAAUAGUGUUUAUUUGGAUGACAUGAUGAAAAUAUUGCAGCGGACAAUUGUUGACCCGUAUCCAGAGGUAAAGAAGGAGAGCUGUAAAUGUGCUGCUGUGGUGGCAAAACUGGUUCCAGAGCACUUUCAUAUGCAGUCGGAGUCGCUUAUCAAACCAUUGCUACAGACAUUAUCCCAUCAACACUCAAGAGUGCGCUCAUGUGUAAUUGAAACAAUUGGUUCUGUUAUCCAAUAUGGGAAUGGGAAGUCAGUUGAUGAUGUUGUGUCACAUCUUGCCCAGCGCCUUUUUGAUCAGGCUCCAAUGGUGCGGAAGGCUGUCACCACCGUGGUUGGAAAUUGGCUGCUGGAGCUUCCCGAUCGGUACUCUUUUUGGCACAAAUUGAUUCCACUUCUCUUGACCAGCAUGUCUGACGAGUUGCCAGAGAUUCAGCAACUCGCUGAUGCAUUAUGGCAUGAUAUUGGAAUAAGAUUUGAACAUGAGAAUGAGGAAGAUUUGAAAGAGAAGUUGGACUUCAUCAGAGCAGACCCAGAACAUUACCCUGCCGGAGUUGAAAGACCAAACCUUGGUUGCCGCACGCUGAUGUUCAGAAACAUCUCAAAAAUCCUUCCAGCCCUAGUGAGAGAUCUGAGCGACUGGGUUGUGGGGACAAGAAUCAAGUGUUCAGCCCUAUUAUAUCAUCUUGUCCUAAACAAUGAGGAUUAUGUGACUCAGCACAUGGAGGUCCUGCUGAAUGGCCUGUACAAAGGAUGUGGUGAUGAAGAGAAAGAGGUUGUCAUGAAUACUGUCAAAGCUGCUGAGUUAGUCGGUUAUUUUGUAGAGCCUGAAGUCUGGUGUAAACUUGUGCUGCCGGCUGUCAAAACUCACCAAAACUACAACACGUUGAUGGUGCUGGCAGCAAUCAUAAAGGGAUGCCAGAAAGCAAAGAUCCAGCCUUUCAUUCAAGUUAUUGCUGCUACCAUUUCCGUUCCAGAUGUUAGUCAGACAAACCAGGCGAAUGUCCAACUCCAGCUGAUAGACUGUGUAGAUUCUCUUACAACCAUUGCUGGUGAGAUGUGUAAGCCUGAGAGCAUGCAGCUGUUCACCGUUCUCAUCACUGUCCUUGCUCUCCAAGCUGGCGAUGUGAUCAAGGAAAGGGCCCAUGCAAGUCUUCAGAAGCUGGCUGUCGUCCAAGGUUUAUCUGAAGUCCAAAACCUCUAUGCCCUCCAUGCUAAAACCUUACUAGAACGAUGGUCUGAUGACUAUCCCAUGUGGAACAUCCAUUCCAUUGACAGACAGAUCUUUGAUGCUCUCCUAAUUGACUCUGGUCCUGUUGUUGGAGAGCUACUUGAUAUCAUCGUUCCAAUGUUCACUGCCAACCUAAAGACGGAAAAAGACGCAGAAGUCAGGUUGAAGUUCUUCUCCUUAUUAUCCCGCCUCAUCAUGAACGCACCACAGUCUGUUGAUUCCCAGAAUAGGUUUGCUGACUUUGCCGUUGUUGUCGUGCGGGACAUGAUCCUGCCAAAUUGUGUGUGGCAUGCGGGCAGAGUUGCUGGUGCAAUCCGCACAACGGCCAUUUCCUGUCUUUGGGCCAUUCUUCAGAGUGGAGUUCUGGAUAAGGAAAAGCUGAUUACUAUCCUGCCUGAACUGGUCACCCAGCUCCUAACCCUCAUGGAUGACGAUAACAAGAGUACUCGCCUCGUUGCCUGCCGAGUCCUCACAAGAAUCUUCAACGCUGUAGGAACAGCUAUUGACCAACACCGCCUGCACAAUCUCUACCCAGAGCUCCUGAAGCGACUAGAUGACAGCAGUGAUGACAUUCGCGUAGCAGUGUCUAAGACAUUUACGGCCUAUUUCCAGUGUUUUGACACUGGUUUUGAUGUCGGUCUAUAUUCUGCUCACCUGGAAGCUAUUUACAAAGGACUAUUAGUGCAUUUAGAUGAUCCUGAUCCAAAGAUUCAAGAGUCUAUACUAGAUGUCCUGAAAGAAGCUGCCAAGAUCAAGCCUGCACUUCUGAGUACAGAAAUUGACUCUGUCAAACAUAAACAUCGGACAUCUAAGUACUGUGAUUCUUUGACGGAUUUCAUGAAGACACUCAGUGUCCAGUAAUGGGACCUGACUUUAGAUCAUUUGCUGGCAACCAGAACCUACAGUUGAAGCUCCCUUGGUGGACCCCUCUGUUAGCAGGACACUCUCCCUAUAUAGGACACUAACUUUAGUCCAGAGUUGGCUGUUUCUGUUCAAUAUGACUUGACCUCUGUGGUCAGGACACCUCUCUUUUAUAGAUAGCAUUUGCCAAGGGUGUCUUUAAUUGGGAGGAGGUUCUGCUGACCUGCGCCACCGUAUGACAGUUUGUGACGGAGUACCCAGAUCUGGUGUUUAAGACUGCAUCGUAAUCUUCAUAGGAUAGAUCCAAAGUAUUUAAAAGACCAUGUCCACUGGAGUUGAGUGUAUAUUACGAAAGAGAUUGUGCAUGAUUGUCCUUUGUCUUUAUGUGAAUCGGAUGUACUUCCAGAUACUUGACUGAUAUUGGUAUUGUAGUGUACUGAAUUGGCAUAAAAUGCCGUACUAAGACAGCUUGUCUUCCUGAAUUGUCGACAUGAUACUCAAAAAACUAUUGGCUAACAGAUGUGAUACAUAGCACAAGAUUUGAAUAAUAAGAAACUGUAAAACCUGUCGUUCUUUCUGUCCAGAAUUUGCAAAAAGGGUAAGAGUGGUGAUGGCAGUGUAUUUGGAUUACAUGUACCCACAAUGUACUUCAGAUUUUGUUAUUCAGUGAAUAAAGCAAAGAUUUUCUCAA